AUGAAUUAAAUUUUAGUAUAAGAGAAAUGUUUAGAACACUCAGAAGAUAUUGUGGCAGUUAAUGAAAAUGAAAAAGACUUUGAAAAAAGAGGUUUGUGCACUAAAUGUUUGGCAAAUAUUUCUAGAAAAGAAGUAAAACAUAUUUAAGUUUCGAUCAACCAAAUUAAAUAAACAAAAUAAUUACUUAAAGUAUAUAAAACAAAUUUAUUGUAAAGUAAUUUGGAAAACAUAAAUAACCUAAGUGAAAGUGUUGAAUUAUUGAAGAAUUUUUACAUUUAAUAAAUUGAAUUGAUAAUCGUUUCUAUUAAAAAGUGGAAUUAAUAAAUUAAAAAUUUAGAAGAAGAUUUUAUUAAUAAGGUAUAAUCUAAAGAAUCUAAUGAUUACUAAUUAUUUAUUCAAUAUAUUUAGGAAGAAUAAAAGAAUUAAAUUCAAGAUUAGAUUGACUUUAAAGUUAAUAUUCAGAAUCAUAAGAAAUAAAUUACGUUAUUUGAUCUUUGUAAAGAAAGAACAAGUUAAAAACGUAUUGGAUGUUUAAGAUGUUCGGAUGGUACAAUUAAAUAUACUUCUAUUUAUUCAGCUCAUUAAAUGUGGAAAUAAAUUCAAUAAAAAAAAAUAGAAAAAAUGAAUUAAAAUGCUGAUGUAUUCUAAAAUAAAGUCAAUUGUCUUAAGGAUUAUUUAUAAAUAAUAUAAAAAGGAUAUAUUUCUGCACUUCAGAAUACAACAAAUAAAUUAAAUAUCAUUUAUUAAGAUUAUUCAAAUAAAGUUAAUUCAACAACUAAUAAUUUAAUUAAUACAUCUUGGAAAUCUUUAUCUAAAGAAGAAAUUAUUAAAAUUGCAUAAGAUUAAGUUAAAUUAAUUAAUAAAAUAGUUAAGAAGAUCCAUUAUUAAUUGAAUAUAAUAAUUAAGAUAAUUAAAUCAAUUAAAUUAUUAAAGAUACUAUUUUAUGUUUAUAAGAAUGUUAAAUAACUUAAUUUAAUAAAAUAAAUAGAUUAAUUAAUAAUUUAUUAAUAAACGAUAAUAUUCAAAGUUAAAUUAAAGAAAGCACUAAUGAUGUAGAAUGUUAAAGUAAUAUAGACACUAUUGAUUAAUCAUUAAAAAAAUCAAUUUUAUUAGAUUUAAAAAAAAAAGAGUUAGAUUUAUAAAUGCAUCUUAAGAAAUGUAAAUAAUUAAGUAUUCAUUCAUAAUAAUAUUCUUCAAUAAUCUAAUCUAAAUUUAAAGAAAAAUAAUUAAAACCAAUAAUUUAUAAUUUAUUAUAGAAUAAUUAAAUUAAGUAAACUGAAAGGUGUUAUGCAAUUGCAAUUAAUAAAGAUAAUUCAAUUGUAGUAAUUGGUUGUAGUAAAUAGAUCAAAGUAUUUGAAUUUAAAUAAGAAUAAUUAAAAUAAUCUCAAAUUCUAAAUGAACAUACGAAUGAUAUUAAUACAUUGAAUUUUAUGAAGAAAUCAAAUUAAUUUAUAUCAGGAAGUGAUGAUAAUUCUAUUAUAAUAUGGUAAAUGAAUGAAAAUAAUGAAUGGAUUUGUAAAUAGAAAUUAAAUGAACAUACAAAUAGUAUUUAUUGUUUAGUAUUAAAUAAUAAUGAAGAUAUUAUCAUAUCUGGUAGUAGAGAUAAAUCAAUUAAAGUUUGGAUGAAAUAGAAUAAAUGGAUAUGUUUAUAAACUAUCAUAGAUCAUACUGAUUUUGUAUAUCAGUUAAGUAUGAAUGAUUCUUAAAAUAAAGUGAUUUCUUGUGGAAAGGAUAAUUUAAUAUUAAUAAUAGAAUAGUCAUAAUUGGAUUAAAAAUGGAAUAUAAUAUAAAAGAUAAAUGUUUAAUAGUUUGGUCGUAGGAUAUGUUUUAUUAAUGAUAAUUAAUUCGCAUUUUAACCUAAUUCUAAAGAAUAGAUGCAUAUUUAUGAAAUGAAUAGUAAUAAUUAAUAAUAUUCAAAAACUAAAGAUAUUAUAGUUAAAUCUGGAUCAGAUUGUGAUUGCUUAUUUCCUUAAUAAUAUAUAAAAUAGAAAUAUUUAGUAGUAAAUAAGAAUGGAUAUAAUGUUAAUUUGAUAAGGAAAUACCAAAAUGGAGAAAUUAUUAAUGAAUAAUCUAUUGAUUUUGGGACACAUAUCCUAUAUGGAUUAAUGAGUGAUAAUGGAGAUUAUUUGAUUACUUGUGAUGAUAAAUAAAAAGAAAUUUAAAUUAGAAAAUAUUAAGAAAAAUGA